AUGACUACCAGAGCUAUCGUGUUUGUUGAGGGCCCCGAAAAGGUGGCUAUCCGUGAGAUUCCUAAGCCGAAACUCCGAGAUGGCUAUGUGCUUGUGAAGGUGCACGCCGUGGGCAUUAACCCGACGGACUGGAAGUCCAUUCAUUACGGCAUGUCCGACGCGGGCUCCCGCUCCGGGUGCGACUAUGCCGGCGUGGUCGAGGAGCUCGGCGAGAACCUCGGCAAGCCGUUCAAGAAGGGCGACCGUAUCGCUGGCUUUAUACAUGGCGCCAACCGCGUAGAACACGACGACGGCUCCUUCGGCCACUGGGCCGUAGCCAAGGCCGACAUCGCCCUGCGCAUCCCGGACAACCUGUCCUUCGAGCAGGCGGCCACGCUCGGUGUGUCCGUCACCACCGUGGGCCAGGGCCUGUACCGGGCCCUGGAGCUGCCGCUCCCCGUGCAGGCCCCGGCGGAGAAGCCGGAGCCCAUCCUCAUCUACGGCGGCAGCACGGCGACUGGCAUCCUGGGAAUCCAGUUCGCCAAGCUCUCCGGGCUCAGCGUCGUCACCACCGCCUCGCCCCGCCACCACGCCUACCUGCGGGACGAGCUCGGCGCCGACGCCGUCUUCGACUACAGGAGCCCGACCUGCGCCGACGACAUCCGCGCCUGGGCCGAGGCGAGGGGCCAGAAUCUCCGCAAGGCCUGGGACUGCAUCAGCCUCGAGUCCAGCGCCGAGAUCUGCGCCAGGGCGCUGGCGUCGGACGAGGAGGGCGGCACCUGGGCCGGGCUCGUGCCCGUCGAAAAGGAGAAGCUCCUCGCCGUGAACAAGAACGUCAAGGGGCCCCUGGUCACGCUGGGCUAUGAUGCGUUCGGCGAGGAAUACGUCUGGGGGACGUCGUCUUCCAACACCACGAGACCAGUCUUGCCGGGCGAGCUGGAGCACGCUAGGGAGUUUUGGGAGCUGGCCAGGGACUUGUUGGAGGAGGGCAAGGUGAAGACUAUCAGGCCGACGGUCAACAGGGGCGGAGAGGGAUUAGAGGGUGUGUUGAAUGGUUUGGAAGAACUCAGGCAAGACAGGGUCAGCGGAGAGAAGUUGGUCUACACAUUGGCGUAA